AUAAUUGUAAUAUAUAUUUAUCAACGUUGAGAAUUUAUCAGUUAGAUGUAGAUUGAGUCUUCACCAUACUCAAUAACUCAAGGUGGGUUUCUUCAAGAAUCAAAGUAAGAGGCAAACAGAUAAAGAAAAGGUCUAAAUUGAUCAUUGCACACAAUCUGUUUGCUUUUUUGCAUCAAAGAAAUGAGUACAGAAUGCUCCACACAUGAACCUCUUCUUUCUUCUGGUAAACAAGAAGAUGAUGGUUUUAGUUAUGUCAAGGACAAGAAGGCACAGUUUUUGGUCAAACUUACUAGAUGGUUUCUCAAGUUUGCAAUGUGUUCGAUUUUCAUUGCCUGGGUUAGUUUUUUGUUUUUGCUUCCAUCAGAAUCUGUGACUGAAUGGUCUGACAAUUAUGUUGAUGCUACUUCUGGAUCGGUGUUAUGGGUUUCAGGAAGCAUAUUUCUUUUUGGUGGUCCAAUAUUCAUCAUUGCAUUUCUUGCAAUAAUUUACCUGAGGAUAUCUGGAGAACAAGAGUUUCAAGAGAAGAAGAAACCGAAACAUGCAGCUUUUCGCUUAUGGACAUUCCCGGUUAUUGUAGAUGGACCAUUUGGGGUUGUUACAGCAGCAGAGUUGAUUGGAAUUCUGUUGGUGGUUGUGUAUAUCAUUUGGGCUGUUUCAGUUUAUGCUAUCCAGAAUUACAACCUGAUUCCCUACUUCGAGAGUCAAGGAAAAAGGAAUGCAAUGCUGAAGCAUACAGGACUCCGGUUCGGGUCUAUUGGAUUGAUUUGCAUAGUAUUUUUGUUUCUGCCGGUUGCAAGGGGAUCAAUUCUUCUACGGCUUACAAAUAUACCUUUUGAGCAUGCGACUCGAUAUCAUGUAUGGUUGGGACAUCUUACAAUGACACUCUUCACUCUCCAUGGUUCGUGUUAUUUCUACUCAUGGAUUUUGGAGGAUCGUGUCGUACACCAACUAAUUAAUUGGAAGAAUAACAGUAUUGCCAAUCUUCCUGGUGUCAUCAGCCUAUCAGCAGGUUUAUUGAUGUGGGUGACUUCACUUCCUCCAGUGAGGAGGCUAAACUUCGAAAUCUUCUACUACACGCACCACCUAUAUAUCGUCUUUAUUGUAUUCAUGGCUAUGCACGUUGGCGAUAUCAUUUUCAGUGUGAUAGCUGCUGGCUUAUUUCUCUUUAUGCUCGACCGCUUUCUUAGAUUCUUUCAGUCACGAAAGACUCUGGAAAUACUCUCAGCCAAAUGCCUUCCAUCUGGAACCGUGGAACUUGUUAUUUCAAAACCUCAAGAUUUACAGUACAAUGCACUCAGUUGGGUUUUCCUCCAAGUUCGAGAAUUAUCGUGGUUGCAAUGGCACCCUUUCAGUGUCUCAUCCAGCCCUCUGGAUGGUAAGCAUCAUCUUGCUAUUCUCAUAAAGGUCCUUGGAAAUUGGACACAGAAACUAAGAGGACAUAUCUUGAGUAUCACUGACCAAGAUGGACUCGUUCAACCAAAUUUGAAGCUUAAGGCAUCUGUGGAGGGGCCUUACGGGCAUGAAUCACCAUACCACUUGUUGUAUGAAAAUCUUAUUUUAGUAGCUGGAGGCAUUGGGAUUUCGCCAUUUCUGGCUAUCUUGAGCGACAUUCUCCACCGUGUCAGAGACCGUAAACCUUGUAUGCCUAGAAAUGUAGUGAUAAUCUGGGCUGUCAAAAGAUCACAAGAGCUUCCACUUCUCCACUCACUUGACAUGGAGUCACUCUGUCCGACCUUCAACGCUAAACUAAAUCUAGAGAUUCAAACUUACGUCACUCAGGAAUCUGAACCCCCACUGGAAGAGGGGGAAGUACAGAAGUAUGCAAGCUCUACCGUGUUUUCUUCUCCCAGCCAAUGUGGCAUGUCUAGAUUGGUUGGAACAGGGAACACAAUAUGGUCCGGAACUUAUGUGAUGGUGUCUACAAUCGGUUUGGUGGUUUCUUUAAAUUUGGUCAAUGUCUUUUACAUCAACCCUUACGAUAUAUCAUACCAAUGGUACAAAGGGCUUCUAUUACUGAUAUGCAUGGUUGCAAGUGUUAUUGUAUUUGGAGGCCUUGUGAUUGGUCUAUGGAGUUUCUGGGAUAGAAUAUCUUUGGCAAAAGAAAAUUUUUGGGAUGAAAAGAAAACGGAUGGCAUGCUGCAUAAUGAGUCUACAACACACAAGAAUUUAUCAGAAGGAAGUUUUGCCAAAACCAUAAAGCAUGGUCAAAGACCAGACUUCACAGAAAUUUUUGGAACCAUGGCCGAGCGUUGGGGAAAUGUAGAUAUCGGGGUGAUUGUUUGUGGUCCUACUAGUCUUGAGAGAAGCGUUGCUAAAGAGUGCAGGUCUAAGAACAUUGGGAGGAAGAGCAACGCUCCAAUCUUCCAUUUCAACCGCCAUAGUUUCGAUCUAUAAGUACCACCAUUUAUUAUUUGAAAGUAAGACUUAGCAAUGUAAAAGGGGGUAGACGCCAUCGUCUAGAGCGUCCCCACCAAACUAGUCCCACGAUCAUCAAGGAGGAGUUACAUGGUGGUUUCUAGGUUGGACCCUAGGACUUCCUCUCUGAUGUAUAUAUAAUAAGCUUAGUUUGUAUAUAUAUGAUAGAUAGUGCUAUAGAACAAAGCCAAUGAUCCAUAUUAAUAUUCCCUCUAUCCCAAAAGGGGAAUUUAUCUUUACUUUGGCUCAAAUAAUUUGUUCUUAGAACCUUCAAAUUCAUAUAAUUGGUAAUUAAACUAAAUUUGUUCAAAAUGACGAAGGGUUUGACACCUAAGGUCUUUAUUGAGUAUACGCUUGAACGGGUGUCAUGUUAUGGACAAUAUCUUGAUUUAAUGAGAGUUUGUAAUUUACGUGUACUCAGUAAUUAAUGAUUC